AUGGACGAGGGAGCGUCUGCACUGGCGGCGCUCCGCUGGAUUUGGGCGGCCUCAGAUGUGGAGAAGAUGCCCGGGGGCUUGCAGAAGGCAUUGGGUGGACAGUGGAACGCACGGUACUUGGUGCUGGGCUCCCACACGAGCUGCCUGCACUGGUUCCGGGACGCGGGGCCGGAGGCCAUCCUGGGACCGGAACGGGGACACGUCCAGCUGAAGGAGGUGUACAAAGUGGAAACCGCCCGGGACGACGACGACGCGAAGCGUCGGCUGCUGCUUUACAACGCCUCGGGGGAGCCCAUGCUGACCUUCCGGACUGAGGCCAAGGCGGCCGAUGCCUGGGAGAAGGCCAUCCUGAAGGCCAAGGCGCGCCACACCGAGACGUGGCCCAGCUGCAUCGCGGCGGCGUACCAUCGGACGGUGCAGCCACCAGAGCUGCUGGAGGUGGACGAGUGCAUCGAGUAUGAUGACGCCAAGCUGCCUGUCAUGGGCUUGGUCACUGAAACCCAGGAGUCCGUGGCUGGCCUGCAGUGCUUUCCACAGACGCGACCCCGGGUACGGCUGCUGCUGCUGUGCCGCAACAAGCUGAUGCGAUUCGAGCCCAGGGACCAAGCCUUGCUGGGCGAGCGCAAGGGGGAGAUCCACCUGAAUGCUGUGACCACGGUGACCUCGCAGGGCUCCUAUGUCAUCCUGGAGCAGCCAAGGGCACGGCUCACGUUUAAGACGCCGCAGCCCAAAGAGUGGGCGGAGGUCUUGAAGGAUGCCGACGCUUUCCUUUGCCCCACCCCUACGAAUGGAUCUGCCAGAUCCACCGCCGGCGGGCGCUUGGGGGAGGUGGCUCAGCGGCUGCGGCAACAAUCCGGGCGACUGCUCUGGGUGAAUGCGCUGGUCGUGUUGAGCGUCCUCCUGCAGGGCACCCCAUUUUUCUACCCGUGUUUGCUGAUUGCCAACCUCCUCGUGCUCGCAUGGGGCUGGAGCUGGAAGGCAGAGGCACCCCCUCCGCUGGUGGCCAGCGCCCAAGACUUGGCGAAGGCGUUGCGGCCCAUGACGCUGGGCUCCUCGGAGGGCUGUGUGGGGGAUGGAGACGCCACCGUGAUCUUGGUGCGCGGGCCCGGCUACGGCUUCUCAAAGAAGAAGGUGGCCUCGCAGAAGGCGGUGUAUGCUUUACAGCAGGUGCUUUUCCUCAGCCCAGCGGACGGGAAGUACUGCCACGUGGCCAGCGGCCUGGAGCUGUUCUCAACGGACUCCGAGUUCCCAGCCUUGAUUGUCAACGUCCAAAUGCCCGAUGGGCCUCCGAACAUGAUGGCAGACGCCCGGGCCAAGUGCAACUCCAUGGUCUUUUGCUUCAAGGUCGCCGAGGACCCGAGCUGCCAGGACCCGGCGUUGCAGCUCUUGCGGCGAUUCUGGCAGGACCCACAGGCCCUGAAAGGCAAACUGAAGGUGCUGUGCCAGCUGGGAGCCUCUGGCGCUUUGCCCGCGGCCCUGCAGAAAAUCAACGGGAAACCUGCGCUCUUGGGCAAGGCGGCCUCGGUAUACCGAGGGGACAGCUACGUGGAGGUGGACGUGGACACCAGCGCCUCGGUGCAACGAAGCCGGGGUCUCCUCCAAUUUGAUGAAGGGUAG